UGGAAACUAUUAAUUACAAAUACCUUCCUGAAGAUUUUGAAAGACCGCCUGAACUGUUACUAUAUGGCGAUAAAUGUAUAGGUCGGAUAGCUGUAGAAUUUACUACGGAUGAUAAUUAUCUUGAGUGGCUUGGAAAGGUUGCGGAAUGGAAGAAAACCAGGAAUAUUUCUCAAGACUUUUGCCCAAUAUACUACCUAUCAAAUACAGCAGGACCUGAUAUUUCAAUUGCAUUUUGCUUUUCAAAAUCAGAAAAUGAUAUGCCGUUGGAUAAAGAAUAUGAAGAAUGA